CCGCCAUCAUAUCAACAACGAGUAUCGUUUGUAUUCAGCGUCGAAUCCGCCGCUGAAUCAGCAUUUCACGAGUUCCGGUCACAGACAUUCGAGUCUCUUUCUUUCGCAUCUGCCUUUUUCGUGAAUAUGGCACCCAAGAAGCCCACUGACAAGUCCGCGGCGAAGCCGGCGGAGAAAAAAGAAGAGAAGAAACCUGCCGCCUCCACAAGCGGGGCAGGAGCUAAGAAACCAGCGGAGAAAAAACCCGCAGCUAAGCCUGCUGAGAAGAAAGCAGCUGCUCCCUCAUCGGCAGCUCCACCAGCAAAGAAAGCCGCGCCAGCUAAGAAGUCUGCCGACAAGAAAGCUGGUGGCGACAAGAAGGCCGGUGACAAGAAACCUGCAGUGAAGAAGACCGCGGCCAAGAAACCCGACGCCAAGAAGGCUACCAAGGCUAAGGUCGGCAAGGAUGGCAAGCCUAAGAAGAAGGCAACCGUCAAGGUCGCUAGGACCACAGCACACGCCAAGCUCGCCGCUAAAGCUAAAGCCAAGACUGCUGCCGGCAAACCAAAAGCCCUCAAGGUCCAAAAGGGAACUGCCAAGGCUAAGGCCGUCGCCAUCCUAAAGGCCAAGAAGGUUAAGACAAAGGUUAUCAAAGGUCAAUUUGGAACCAGGACAAGGAAGAUCCGCACCAGCGUCCAGUUCAAGCGGCCAAGGACUCUGAGGUUACCACGUAAUCCCAAGUACCCAAGGAAAUCAGUCCCCACCAGGAAUCGCAUGGAUGCCUACAACAUCAUCAAGUACCCACUCACGACUGAAGCCGCCAUGAAAAAGAUCGAAGACAACAACACGCUCGUCUUCUUGACACAUUUGCGGGCAAAUAAGAAUCACAUUCGUGCGGCGGUGAGGAAACUGUACGACAUCAAAGUAGCCAAGGUUAACAUUCUGAUCCGGCCUGACGGACAAAAGAAGGCUUACGUGCGGCUGGCGCGGGACUACGAUGCGCUGGACAUUGCCAACAAAAUCGGCAUCAUAUAAAAAGUGGAUUUGUUUUCAUUUUGUGCGGUUUUGUCGCUUUGCUUUUUGGUGGAGCGGGUGAGCCGUACAAAACGGAGGUGAUGUCUUUUUUUUAAAAACUGGAUUAAACAAUAAAAGUUAAAAUCUAA